AUGUUGGAAGGAAAAGGCGUGGUGCGAGAGACAGACAUGGAAGAAGUGAUGCAAAGCCAUGUCAUGGAGUUAGCUCACCAAGCUCUAGAUGCACAUGAAGUUUCCGAUUGUCAGAACAUUGCCUAUUUCAUCAAACAGAAACUUGAUGAAACAUAUGGACCUGCAUGGAAUUGUGUUGCUGGAAAUGAUUUUGGAUCUUGUAUUACACAUUUAUGUGGAAGUUUCAUAUUCUUUCGAGUAGAGAUGAUGGAAUUUCUGAUCUUUAAAGAUGGAAAAGACUUCACAGAAAGCAGGGAAGAAGUUAUCAGAGUUAUACAGAAACCGGGAACUUGA